AUGAACAAGUUAAAGCAAGCUGAAAGGAAUGAUAAUGGAGAAAGCGAUGAUAGCAACACCAUCGCGCGAAGCGACAUAACCAACAGUGCCAUCACCAGCUCCUACGUGAAGCGCAGUAAACUCGAGGGCUGUGUCCUAUCACACGUACGAUUGGCACGGAGGGUAACAGGACAGAAAACCCACUUCCACAAUGUAGACUCUGUCGGGCGAAGCGAGUUUUCAAACAGUGUUGUUCGCGACCGGAGCUCUGUUGCUCGGAGCACGAUCAUAGGGUCUACAGUACGAGAUGCGAGCGCGAUAAAGCGGAGCACGAUAGCUGGAUCAACCAUUUCCGGUACACAGACCACUAGAACUUUGCUGGAAAACUGUGAUGUUGAAGACUGUGUUAUCUUACGCUCCGAAUUCAAGGGGAUGGUGUUAAAGAACGGGCUUUGGAAGAAGGGCCAGUUGAUCGGGAGGGUGGGGGCCAAACCCCCAGUAGCCAUCAGAAAGGAUGGCUCUUCUGUUGUGAGUGUUGAAAAUUCUCAAUUUUGA